GCCUAGUACCAAACACAAGGAUUAGGCCUACCUAUUCAGGUAAUGUAAGUUAGAUUUAGUGGGGGAAAACGUGAUGUCUUGUUGGUAGUCCUUCAUUGAGUGAGCUGUUAUUUAAAAUUGAAAAAGCCUUUUUAAAACAAAUUCUCAGAUCUGAAAUAGAAAUGGAACGCUUGCCGCUCACGUCAGCCUACCACUGGGGGCCAGGCCCCCCUAAAGAUCAGAAGCUAAAAUCGCCUCUGUCAAGAAGCAUGCUAUGUCAAUCAUCCAAUUAUUCUAUUUACAGACAUUAAGUCACAGCAUGGCGUCCAUGGCAGCUGCAAACACCAACUUCUCCCUUGAGCUCUACAAGAAAAUCGCGGCGAGCAACAAGACCGGCAAUGUCUUCUUCUCACCAUUCAGCAUUUCCUCUGCACUGGCCAUGGUCUACCUUGGAGCCAAGGGAAAUACAUCAACGCAGAUGCACGCGGUUCUCAGCCUGGACAAAGCUGAAGGUGAUGUCCAUGUUGGCUUCAACAAGCUGUUGGCUGAAUUCCGGCCGAAAGCCUGCGACCCAUACGUACUGAGCAUGGCUAAUCGCCUCUAUGGAGAGCAGUCCUACCAGUUUGUUGAGAAAUUCCUUGCCGAUACGAAGCUGUACUACCUGACAGAGCUGGAGCCCAUCGACUUCAAGGCAAAUGCAGAGGCAGCACGAGUGAAAAUCAACAAAUGGGUUGAAGGAGAGACUCAGGAGAAAAUCAAGGAUCUACUGGCUAAAGGGACGGUGAAUAGAGCAACACAACUUGUUUUAGUGAGUGCCAUCUACUUCAUAGCCUGCUGGGAGAGUCAAUUUCGUAGGGCUGACACCAAGGAGGUUCCAUUUCGACUUAAUAAGAAGGAAACUAGGCCAGUGCAGAUGAUGCAUCAGAUGGAGCAUUUUCCAUUUACCCGCAUCCCUGAUGUCAACUGCAAGAUUCUAGAACUCCCCUACAAGGGUAAAGAUCUAAGCAUGCUUGUAAUGCUGCCCAAUGAAAUGGAGGACGGCACCACAGGAUUGGAGAAGCUGGAGCAGGCCCUUACGUACGACAACUUCAUAAAUUGGACCAAGCCGCAUAUGAUGAACACGGUGAAGGUGAAUGUGGGCCUCCCGAAGUUUAAGCUGGAGGAGACCUACGACCUCAAGAAGACCCUGGUCAGCAUGGGAAUGGCGGAUGCCUUUGAUCCCAACAAGUGUGACUUCUCCGGCAUGUCACCCGACCAAGAACUUGUGCUGUCCGAGGUGGUGCACAAAUCAUUUGUGGAGGUGAACGAAGAGUACACGGAGGCGGCAGCGGCAACAGCGAUGGCAAUGAUAACUGGCUGCCUCAUGACGACCAGGGAGGACCCGGAGGAGUUCAUGGCAGACCACCCCUUCCUCUUCUUCAUCCGACACAACCUCACACAGAGCAUCCUCUUCUAUGGCCGCUACUCUUCCCCCUAAGCUGGCCACCAUCACCAUACUCAUCACUAGCUAUGUUCACAUGAAUGUUUUUAAUCCAAUUAGAAAGGGAAUAAUAACUCAAUCGGAUCAUAAUUCUACAUAUUAACACCUUGAGCUGAAUAAAUACAUCUAGUCUGAUUAAAAUUGUUAACGGAUUGAAAGAUGUAGUGUAGGCUAGUCCGUGCCAGUUGUGAUACACAUAUUCAUAUUCAUCAUACAUGAAAUUCUGUUUCAGGAAGGAAACAAUUUGUAACGCAGAUUUGACUGGCUACCAACUGCUGUGACGGCUAUACCUGCCCGUGACAGAUGUUUUGAACAUCUUGUGUCAUUUUUGUAACUCAUAUAAACACUGCAUUUGGGUCAGGCAAUCAGAUUAGAUCUAUUCCUGAGACAAAUGCUCAUGUAAACAUAACUAGUGUGCCAGACCAAAGACCAGCUUGGAGUGUGUUCAUGAAAUGAACAGAAGAACACACUGCCCAAGUGGCUUUACAAAAUAAUGCAAAAUGCUGAAUGCUAAACAUUAUGGAAGAAUAAUAGUAUAAUAGUUCAAUAAUAAAAAUGAAAUGGAACA